AUGACAGGUUUUACAGGCGUGAACCCGGUGACUCAGCGCUCCUCCCUGGAGAUCCAGGCCAAUCACAUGACUGUUUUGAAUCUCCAAGGAACUAAAAUCCCGUCUAGCAACAAGUCCUCACACCGAAAUGAUCAAACCGAGAGCCGAGAAGAGAAACGACACCAUCGUCACCAUGAUUGCAAAGAUUUGUUUCCUCGUCCUUCUGUUCGUUGCUUCUGGCAACUCACAGGCCAGUACCACAGCAGGAGGUACCACAGCAGCAGGUACCACAGCAGGAGGUACCACAGCAGCAGUAACCACAGCAGCAGGUACCACAGCAGCAGUAACCACAGCAGCAGGUACCACAGCAGCAGGUACCACAGCAGCAGGUACCACAGCAGCAGUAACCACAGCAGCAGGUACCACAGCAGCAGUAACCACAGCAGCAGGUACCACAGCAGCAGGUACCACAGCAGCAGUAACCACAGCAGCAGGUACCACAGCAGCAGGUACCACAGCAGCAGUAACCACAGCAGCAGGUACCACAGCAGGAGGUACCACAGCAGCAGGUACCACAGCAGCAGGUACCACAGCAGCAGGUACCACAGCAGGAGGUACCACAGCAGGAGGUACCACAGCAGCAGGUACCACAGCAGCAGGUACCACAGCAGGAGGUACCACAGCAGCACCUACCACAGCAACUACCGUAGCGACUACCAACACAACUACAAAUCCGACCACCUCCUCCGCCCUCAUCAACCAAAUCAGUCUCAUCUCCAUUGUCGUGGCUGUGCUGACACCUGUUCUCUACUCAGGUUGCUGAAGGUGUUAAGUGCAGUUCUCAUCCUGUGCAUGAAUCACUGAAAAUGGAAGGAUUUUGGUUUACAUAAUGUAAGCUGAUAUGCUAAGUGCUGGUUUACUGAUGCGUGUUUGCACACUGGACCUUGUUGGAGGUGUUGAGAAUUAAUCCAAAUGCCUGUGAUAACUACAUGUUGUUUUGAUUCAGAGGCCAGUGAGUGAAUCUGUCUAAUAAUAUUAAAUAUUAACUUUAUGUAUGUCAUCACAUGAUAACAAAAUGGUUUACAAUAAAAUGUUUUUGCCAAGCUA